AUGACUGAUGAAGAUAUACCAACAAGCAUGAUUUAUCUUUCUUGGAAAGGUGAAAAAUCUCGUCUUUUUGCUAGCCAUACAUGGGGCAGAAAUGAAAGGCCUCUUUGGCUUUCUAGGUGUAUUUAUAGAGAUUCAAAGUCGUCAAUGGAGAAAUCAGGUAUCAUGAUGCUUACAAGAGGAGCCUUAUACAUAUUUAGAGAUAAGCUCCUUAGAGGAUAUGUUCUUCGUGGACAUCAUCAUUUAUUUAAAUUUUCAAAAGUACAACAAUUAUCAAAUCGUGUAAUUUUAACAUACCAAAGCAUAAUAGAUACUCCAAAGCAAACAAACGAGCCUCAAGUAGAUCUAGAAGAAGUUCCUUUGUUAAAUAACGAAGAAAAUCCAGUCAUUAUUCCAGAAGAGCAUUACGAAGAAAGAAGACUUAGUCUUGAAUUCAAAGGUACUGAAAAUUUCUGUAUUUUGCUACAUAGAAUUCUUUCUGAAUUAUAUUACGGAAUUCAGUCAUUACAGCUCCCAACAUUUGAAAUGCAAGAUGGUAUACAGUUACAACCUUUAACAAAAGCUCCAAAAAACAGUUUAUACAAAAAAGCAAUUGCAUAUUCUCAUUAUGAGAUGCCCUGGGGCAGAAAUCUUGCUGUAGCAGGAUAUUUAAGGUACAAAUGGAACGGAGAAAACGUUUUAUGCUUAGGAAGGAAGUUUUCUCCAUCAUAUUACGCCGGAUCUUUUGGAACAGCCGUAGGAAACGAAUCUCUCAUUGAUACAGUUGUAUUCAAGAACUGUGCAUUCGAUGGCAUGGAAUCCUUCUUGAACAGGCUCAUGAAAAGCUCAGUUUCCGUCAAAUUAGUUGUAUUUGUCAAUUACUCCCCCAACAUCAAGCCAAAGUUCGCAUUUGACGGAUCCAGGACCAUUGUUGGCCGAUGGCACUUCGUAAACUGCUGUUGUGAUACAAUUUGCUCAUAUCUGAUUUCGACAAAUAAUUUUGCAGAGCCACCAAACGAAAUUGCCAUUGCAAGAAGGUCCUACAAUGAGAAGGACUCCGAGCAAAUCUUCAAUACCAUCAAAGCUUCUCCGAUGUCCUUCAGAACAGACACUUUGAGACUUGUUGAUUUGAGAUUCCGAAAUUUCCCAUUUGACACUUUUACUUCUUUAAUCAUGGACAUGCCGUUGAACACUCUUGUUAUCAGGCACGUGAAUAUCGAGGGCAGCAAGCUCUUCAACGCUAUCUGCAGGACAAGACCUCUCAUGAGAUCUUUGAAAUUGCAAAAACUAUCUUUUACUCAACCGAUUGAUAAGAAUUUGCAACUUCCUGCUGGUCUCGUUGUUCUCGAUAUCAGUGAGAGUGAAUUCAUUGGAGACUCAUUCACUACAUUCAUGCUCGCUAUUUGCCGCGAACAAGUUAAAUAUUCUUUCAUUUUGAACGCCGCAAAAUUGAAAAUUACUGAAUCAGAAUUUGAAAUUUUUAAGGUUUAUAUGGAUGAAAGUGAACGAGAACAGCACAAACAUAUCAGAUCCAAUCUCCUUGAACUGAACAUUUCUGAUUUGUAUGUUCCUGUUGUUGGUAUUCAAGAGAUAUCAAGAUUUAUCAGGACACAAAAAUCAUUGACACAAAUUUCUCUUGAAAAUGUUACAUGUCCGGAUCCAACUGUUUUCACAAGAUGUAUCGUGUCUAUUCUUCAGCAAGCAAGGAUAACAGGAAUAGAUUUCACAUUGCAUCUCGGUGAAGAACUGUCUGAUCUCCUUUUCAGAUACUUGGCUUUCCAAGAAACAAUCAAACGCAUUUGUAUAAAGAAUUGCGGAAUUGGAAACAAAGGAAUGAUAAACUUAAUGAAAAGAAUCCCUCUUUUCAAACACUUGGAAGAGAUAUCUUGCGAUGGAUCGUCACCAACACCAACAACAGAUGGAACUGUUCCUCUAAUUGAGUUCUGGAGAACAAUCGCAAACAUGCCAUCGAUUGUUGCAAAUGAUUUCCCUUAUCAAGACUUGAACUCCCUUGGACUUGAUGAAACAGCGAUUCCUGCGAAAGAAUUGGCAAUUCUAAAGAGCAGACGCCGCCCUUACACACAGAUAGAGCGAAUAGAAAUAAUCCUUAACAAGGUAAUUGAAGACGAACGAAAUGCUGUUGAGAAUGCAAUGUAA